AUGGCUGAUUUUACGACAUCUACUCACAGAUCAAAAUGGAUAUUCACUCCUCAAGAUCUUAAAGAAAAAUAUAAGGCUGCUAAUCAAAGAGCUAAGCAAGCACUGGAGAAGUAUGGAGCAACUCGAAUGGAAGUCGACAUUGAUGGUUCAUUCUCUUAUGCCGAACCUCACAAUGAUUAUGCUGAGAAGCAUUCUCGUCCAAAACCACUGAAGACUGAGGAAGAAAAACUUCUCCGGGCUUUCUACGAGUUCAAAAUCCAAGAUGUAUGUGAUGCCUUCAAGUUCCCACGCAAAAUUCAGGCAACAGCUCUUAUUUAUUUUAAAAGGUUUUAUCUGCAAUGGUCUGUGAUGGAACAUCACCCAAAGAACAUCAUGUUAACCUGCAUAUAUGCUGCUUGUAAGGCAGAAGAGAACCACGUAUCAGCUGAGGAGCUUGGUAAAGGGAUUGAGCAGGAUCAUCAGAUGAUCCUCGAUAAUGAAAUGCUGGUUCUUCAGAGUCUAGGAUUUGAUCUUAUUGUUUAUGCACCAUAUCGUGCACUUGAAGGCUUUGUCAAUGAUGUGGAGGAGUUCUAUGGAGAAAGAGACGAGCAAUCUGAGAUGAUUAAGGAUUUGCAUGAAUCUGCAAAGGUGGAAGUAGAUAGAAUUAUGCGUACAGAAGCACCCCUUCUAUUCCCCCCUGGGCAGCUGGCAUUGACAGCUUUACGGAGGUCUUGUGAUGUGCAUAAAUUUAUUGACUUUGAGAGAUACCUGAAAAGCAUGCUAUCGAGGCAGAAUCCUGCUUAUCCCAUUUCAGAGUUCUACAUUUCCUUGAAUGCCAUCAAUACUAUGAUAAAUAAGUUGGAGACGCCUACUUCCAAAGAUGUAAAGCAUAUCGAUAGGAAACUCAAAUCAUGUUUGGAUCCGAGUUCACAUGACAAGAGUAAAAAACGAAAGCACAGAUCUAAAGAGGGUUCAAAUGAAAUGCAGUGA